AUGGCUCGUCCUAUGGGAGCAUCAAGAUGCCCUGAGAAGGCAACUCAACGACGCCAUUGGGCCGCAACCCCUUGCCUGGCCCUUAUCCACAUUCGGGGUCGUCUGCAUCUUCUGGGAUGCUGGGAUUCCGGGGCAUGA